UCGUUGCUUUGUAUUUACAGGCUGCAUCACAAUAGUUUUGUUAUUGCUGAUCGUUAUGAUCGGAUUGGAAUGGGAAGCGAAAGCGCAAAUUGGUUUGUUAGUCAUUUUACUAUUGGCCAUUGCUGAUUUUGUCAUCGGCACUUUCAUUGGACCUAAGGACGACGAGGAAAGGGCUAAAGGAUUCAUAGGAUAUAAUGCUAAUUUGCUGGAGGAGAACUUUUCACCGGAUUACAGAUACAGCGAGGGGGUGGAACACAAUUUCUUUUCAGUGUUGGCCAUUUUUUUCCCAGCAGCCACGGGCAUCCUGGCAGGUGCGAAUAUAUCCGGCGACUUGAAGGUGAUUUAGUCCUUCGGCCAAUAAGGAAUUCGGCUUACU